AUGCAUAACUUCAAGACCAACAACUCGUCCCAGACGAUAGAACUUGCUUCAGACGUCGGUCUGGUGAGCGAUGACGUCAAACUCAUCUUCCAAGUGGUGAAUUUCGCCAUCAUCUGUGAGAUCAUCGACGUCUUCGGCACCGUCACCAACAUCAUCAACAUAAUCGUGUUUGUCAAGCUAGGAUUCAGUGACCCCGUCAAUGUCAGUCUGCUCGGUAUGAUGUACCUGACAGCUGGUUGGCCUCACGUGACCUUCACUCGUAUCACCGCCUGGAUCACAGCGUUCAUUACGUUCGAACGGUGUUUGUGUAUUGCCUUACCUCUGAAGGUGAAGAACAUUAUCACGCCAAAACGAGUGGUCAUCGUCAUCGUUUUCCUUUCCAUUACCCUUAUCACAAGUGUUUCCCCAGUUUAUUACGUGAACAGGAUCGGGCCCAAGUUUUCCCCAAUACGAAACAGAACAGUGAUAGGACUUCUUUUUACUGAAGAUCGCGAAGAAGUGGAAGCAAUUUCCUUCGCUGUGAACAACGUCAUCGUACCUUUCUGCGCCUUUUUCGUUGUCAUCGUCUGCACUGUGACCUUGGUCGUCAAGCUCCGUAGCAAAACAAAAUGGAGAAAGGAAACAGCCUCUGCGGGGAAAUCCGAUAAUUUCUCUAGUCGUGAUCAAAAAGUGACAAAAAUGGUGACGAUGAUUUCUACUUUGUUCAUCGUCUGCUUCACUCCUGUUUCUGUUAUGUUCAUUGGAAUGACCGUGGAGCCUGAACUUUCUGUAGACGGGCAAUAUCGUAACUUGUUCUUUAUUCUUUUUUCCUUUGGCUAUAUCCUUGAGUCUACAAAUUCUGCUCUGAACAUUUUCAUAUACUAUGAAAUGAGCUCUAAAUACCGAACUGUAUUCAAUCACACCUUUAGAAGAAAAUGUGCAAGCCAGGCAAAAGACAACGAGGCUUCAUCUGAUCUCUGA